CAGUUCCGGCACGUGGACGCGUCGCGUCGUCGGUCGUGGAAAAUCCGAUCGUAGUGUGCGUGAGAGCGAACGAAGAGGGAAAAUCGAAUGUGACCGCGAGUAUAGAUAAACGGUGCUGGCUUAGCCGAGACUUAAUCGCUUGUUCCGUACAGAAAUGCUUCGAGUGCCUGCGGAAAUAUGAUCGGAAGUUGAGGCUGCACCGCCUACUGGAGUGAUCGACGAUUUAAAGUGCCAUAAUUUGUGCCAUAAUUAUUGCAACAAUUAGUGAUCGUGAUUUGUUGCCAUGGAGAAAGAGAAGGAAAGCAACCGGGACAAGCCGCGGGUGGUCAGUGCCCGGCGGAAGCGAUCGGCCGAGUACAAAAAGGAAAAACUUCCGACGCCACCGCCAGAUCCUCAGCAAGCACAAGCUUGCGCCGAUCCGCCGGAAAUGAGCCCACCGGAAGACGACGUCGAAACGGAUCCGUUCCGGCGGCUCUUCACGUACGGCGACCGUGAGAGCCAAUUCCUGAAGCUACUUUGUGAUAGUGAUACUAGUUCUAGUCUACACCGGAUGUUCCACGCGGCGUCGGAAGAAGAUCCCGGUGCCGGGGCCGAUGCGGCGUUCGAUUCGCCCAACGAUUUCCUGAUGCUGCUGAACCGGACCGGACCUUCGGUGGCGGCCGCACUGUCCACCAAGGGUGCCCUCGAUCAGCUGGACCGACUGCACGAUCUGAUCGAGCAGCUGUUGAGUCUGCAGGAGCAGAACAUGCGCAUGCAUCUGCACCUGCGGACCAUGGAGACGUUCCGCAAGCAGAAACUGCUGCAAAAUUGGGCCGCUCGCGAUCCGGAAGGGUACGCCCAGCAGCACGAGCAGGACAACUCGGACAACGAUCUGCUCGACAACGAAAUCGAGCAGAAUCUGGCCCUGCUGGAGACGAUUCUGGCCGCGGGAACCAGCGCUAGCAACAAGCGGAGCAGCUCGAAACGUGAACGCAGCAAAUCGGUCAUCAACGAGGACAUUUCCGGCUACCACCAGUUUGGCUUCGGUUCCGGCACGGGACUGAGUGGAAGCAAGGAGGGUUGCGCGACCGGAAGUGGCCGGAACUACCCGCUGCGCCGGCAGAGCGCCAUCUCCGACUUUAAGCCGAAGGUGUCCAAGUGGACCAAGGUGAAGGCCGCGUUCAAGUGGGAAAAGACGAGUGCGCUGCCGGCGUCGAGUGAGCUCAAGACCACGGAAGCGAUGAUGAUUCCGGUCAACAAUGAAGUUUCGCGCUACCUCCGCGUUCCAUCGAUCCCCUGCGUCGGCAGUUCGGGCGAUUCCGUCUUCAGCUCCUCGUCCGGAAUCGUGGUCAGUGGCGGUUCCGCGCCCGGAACGCCCGGCGAAAACAGCUUGGCCAGCUCGGCGGAAGACCUUACCGAUAUGGCCGGCGGCGGUGGCAUCGCCGAGGAAAGUCAUAUCGCAGGAGGCGGUGCAAGAGCAUCUAAACACGAUUCGAUCAAGAGCAAUGAACGACCACGUGUCCAUGACGAGGACGCUCGGCGGAGCAAAUCUCUGGAUGGCGAUGCCAUCUUGGAUCCGAUCAGACAGUUGGACAAGAGCAAGAACAAAUCGGCCUGGAGCAAGGUCAAGGGUAUCGUCAAGAACCACCGCGGAUCGCUCAAGUCCAACGGUUCCCAGCGGAACGUCAAACCGUCCAACAGCGUCGGAUGUAGCCGCGAGGCAAGUCCGUGCGAGUCCAUGGAAGCGUGCGAGCUUCAGCGGUCGGACUCGUUCUCGUCCAACCAGACCUCGCCCGGGAACCGGAACCAAACUCCGACCUUUCUGGCGAUACCCCAGGGGAUAACAACAGCUGUCCAAAUUCCCUGUGGAUCGCUUCCGGCAACCUUCUCCAGCGACGAUCAGGACUGGAAGUCUGACGGAAAGCUCGGUCGCAGUGGAUCCGGUGAUCGUGGAAUUCCGCCGAUGCCGAGCAAGGAACCGUCCGCUGCUCCGGGUCCCAGUCGAGGUUCUCGCAAGAGUCGUCACAUACCGGACAUCGAAUCCGUACCUGAGGGAAUUCCGAUUGAUCCCAAACACAGCAGUAUUAGCAGCAAGACGCGCAAGUCUCCGCCCAAGCCGCUCAGCUUGCGACAGGAGUCGCUGGAACCGGAAGCGGGUGGCGACCUGUCACUGUCAUCUCCGGGAUCUCAACGGGACUAUUCCAAGUACUCCCCGAAGCGGAAAAGCUACGGCGGUGGAGAAUCGUCAGCUCCGGAGAGCCCGAGCAAGGCGUACGAGUUCUUCGAAGGUGAAACGGAAGAGUUUUCCAGCGAGGAGGUGUCCGACCAGAACACUCCUCACCGGAGACCGUCUCCAAAGAGCAGGAAUCUGCAGCGCCAACGCGAGGACAUCGAGCGUCGCUACAUGGAACUGCAGAAGAAGCUCCAGCGAGAGUUUGACGCGAAGCAACAGGAGUGGGAGCGGAUCCGACCAGCGACACUGCUACUCAGCAACAGUCCAAUAUUUCUUCUAGUAAACCAGCUGCUGAGGGACGAUGCCCCGGCCAGUCCGAAGCGGGAACAGCAGCCCAUGAUCGGCGAGGAGAAUCUUUCGCCGGACUUUAAAAAGAAGCUUGAAGAGUGGCGAAUCAAGCACCAGCCACCGCAACCGAAGAAGGAACCGUCCACAAGUGCGUCCAAAGAUUCGCUCACCGAGCCAAAGAAGAAACCCGUCACAGACUGGCAGCUGUGGAAGACCGGACAGAUCAAGCUAGAAGGACAGGGGCUGACCCAGUUGCCGAACGCCAAAGAUUUACCGGAAGAAUUCCAGAAAAAGCUAUCUGAAUGGAAGCAGAUCAAGGCCGGCAACAAGGCUCCCCCGUACAGCACCCAGUCUUCGCAGGUAAGUGACGCCUCGUCGGUCAAACGGCAGCAGAACAAAGCUACGGGCGCGAUCGCCAAGAAGCCCAAACCGGUGGAGGAGCAUAAGACAACCGGCGAAGCCAGUCUGUCGAAGCUGAAGGCACUCGUUAGUACGGAAGCGCCCAAGAAGGAGCUGGUCGUGCAGACCACCAAAGGGUUCAUCAAGUUCGAAGGCAUUUCGCGGAAGUUUACGCGCCGACUGUUCGAGUGGGAAAAGGCCAAGAACAUCGCGCCGGAAUCGUCGACGAUCGCGCUGCUUCACCCGGGUUACGCACCGGUCGUGGUCGAGAACACUGGGGAUGUCUUCGAGACGACGAAACGAGAGAAAUCACCCGGACUGGGUCGGUCCCUCUCGAUGGACAGCAUUUCGCCGAACGCGCCGGCACCGAUGAUCUCGCACCAGCCGUCCAGUCUGUCGUUGAACGACGCCGACGAUCUGAAGGAGAGCAAGGAUCUGAGCCGGCGGGUGUCGUCCAAUCCGGAGCUGGAACUGUCGGUGGAGCGGGAGGAACCCCGCGCGAUGUUGGUGGAGGUUGAGGAGGACGUCCAGGAGGUAGCCGACCCACUGCCCGUUACGCCAAUCGUGAAGGUCGAUCUCGCCGGUGGUCAGAGCAAGAAUGAAACUGACCGCAGCUCGCGACCUUCCAGCAGUAGCAGCUCAAUUUUGAAAGAUUCCACCAAGCUGUUAAUCCGGCUUCGGGAGCAAGACUCUGUCGAUCGAGACGAAGUUCGACGGUUGAAGAUCGUGCUACGAGCGCUCAUAGCUACCCUGCCGGAGUUUGUGGAAACCGGUUCGCGUGAUAGUAUUGCAUUUUUCGCUUACAUGAAGGAUCUGGCGAAGGAAAUUCUGCACUGUUUGCAAAAGUUCGAGGAUGGGUCACUUCCGGAAGCACCGGACGUUCUGGAGAACGUACAGACGAUCAACUCGCACGUUGCGGAUCUCAAAAAGUCACUGCAUUCGUACAUGAAGUAUGCUUCGGCGACCAGUCCCACCGAGGAGGACAUCCCGAAGAUCAGUAUUACACCGGCGGCAAUGGGUGCGCAAGCCGUCAGCUCGAUACAGCGCUCCAACGACGGACUGCGCAGCAUGGCCACUAUCAAUGUGACACCGACGUUCGUGUGCAACGCGGUCAAGGUAAACACGCUGGACAACAGCAAAACUCAAACGAGACACUUUCCGAUGAGUUCCGAGUCGGAUCCGGUACCGAUGACGUCGCAAUCACCAGACUCUUCAACACACGUUGAGAGCAACCUGACAGAAGACAAAGCAGCUGCCGAUCGGGACAGCAAGAAGGUCGCUCGCAACCUAAGCAACGGCUCGCGUAAAAAGACGCGCAUCAAACGGAUGGGCUCGAGACAGAACAGCAAGACGGAAAGCGACAGCGACGAAAGUCCGGCAAACUACGUCCUCGAAGUGCCCAGAAAGACAAAGCGCAAGACAAGUCGAGCGAAGAAGCCGACCGAUUCGACGGAGAAGAUCCCGCAGCCACCUCAAGCCGAGAAGGCGGACGAUGUGGUGUACGUACUGAAGAUCAAAAAGCAGGAAGGACAACCGGAAAAGCCACCGCUUCCGUCCUGCUCCGUCAGCGUAACGGAGGAGAUUCUAAUUUCCCCAACGGAAACCCAGGUGGAACUGCUGGAAAGCCAGCAAGGAAGCUCCAAUUCCAUCAACUGCACGGCGAACGUCCUCGUGCGGACAAAGCGCAGGAUCUUUACGACGGUCGAAGGUGAAACGUCCGUCAGCCCGGUAGUGGUAAGCAGAGAGAUCGAGUCCUCGAGCAACGAACAGCCACCGGAGCAGAAGCUGGUCACGAACCUUCCCCCGCUGCCGCAAUCUCCGAGCACCCAGCGACGGCUGGAGAUGCAGAAGAACGCACCGGCAAAGGAACUGUCUCCGAACAUUCGGCUCAUGAUUGCCAAGUACAACCAGCGGCUUUCGUCGGAGCGAAGCGGCAACUCGCCGCACAGUUCCGGGUCGUGUUCGCCGGUGGCGUGGCGCUCGCCGGUGCUCGAUCGGAGGGUGAAGAAGCAGACGGAGCGGUACCAGGAGAGCAUCCAGCUGUCAAAGUCGGCGAGCGCGGGCAGUUUGCGGAAGUCGUUGCGACAGCUGGAAGCGGCGCAGAAUGGGAAGGAGGCAGGAGAUCAGAGCAAGGUGGUGAAGAGUUCGAGCACGGGGAUGAUCGAGCAAGGUAAGGAAGAGGGUGAUCAUAGCGAUUCGCCAAAGAUGACGUUUUUGGCGUACGAUAGCUUAAGGAGGAAGGAUACGCUGACACGGGCUGAUCGAGUUAGGGAACAGGAUUCGGACAGCAGAGGGGGAAGUCGGACGGAAACGUUGAAAAAGGAGCGGCUGUACAAGAAGCGGACCGAAUCGCCGCAGGGUUCGACGAAGGGGGCGAUCAGGAAGAUUCCGCGGGAAAAGUACAGCCGGUGUCGGUCGGAGCCCGGGGAUGAUUUGGUGGGGGAUCGGUGCGAGGAGAAGGUUGUGGAAGGUAAACCACCGAGUCCGAGGUUGGCGGUUAGGAAGAAGGUUGCCGAGCAGGAUGCGGCACGAUCGGCGCCGACGACGCCGCAGGAGGAAGAGAAGGGCAUCGUGCAGAUGAGCCAGCGAGCGCUGAAGCUGAAGAAGGCGAAAGAGGAGUUUCUGCAGAGUAGGGUUGAGCAGAGGCAGCAGAUCUGGAACAACCGGAUCAGCCAGAUCAGCAUGGCCAGUGCAAGCAGCGUGGAUGAGACGUUGCUGAUGAAGAGUGCCAGUGCUGGGGUGAUCAGCACGGUGGACGGAGGAGACGGCGAGGAGGAAGACGGUCCGGAGCAGGAGAGUUUGUACGAGUCACUGCCGAGGAACGCUUCAGGAGGGGGGUUGAGCGUUGCAGAUCGAAGCGGAGGAGAGGAAUCGUCGUCGAGAAACACGAGCGCCCACAGCAGCCGGUUCGGACUGUCGAACCUGGCGUCCAAGCUGCGGAAGGUAAAGCUGCGCAGAAGCAGCAAAGAUCUGAGCAAGAUGCACACCAUUUCGAGGUUAUGUCGGCAAAGCUUGAUGGUGGACAUUAGCGGCGAAGCGAUGAAGAUGGGCAGCGAGCAGAAUCUCGGACAGCGGUCGGAAGGCGGGGGUGAAACGCUGAAAAAGUCCGGCAGCGUGCAAGCGAUCUGCAACCGGUUCCGGAAGAGCAACGAACGAAGUGACGAACUCAAAAAGAGUCGAAGUUUGGGCUUUCUGGAACCGGACCGGAAGGGAUCCCAGUGAGCGUUGGGAAUAGUAUUACGAGGAUUUUUUUUUUGCGAGGUUAGAUAAGCGAAUUUAAUGUACAUGUACCAAGUACAAGUGAAACCGUGCCAAAGCGUCGACAAAAGGAAGUAAGAUGUUUGUAUUCUAGAGGUGAAUAAAACUAAUCUCAUGAAA